UCUCAACGCCUCAAACUACACCAGUUACUACACCAAAGACUACAGUUACUACAUCAGAAACCACACCAGUGACACCAAAAACCACUGUCACUACAUCAGAAACUACCCAAGAAACCACUUUAGUUACUACUCCAGAAACUACACCUGAAACAGUUUCAACAUAUUCAACCAGGGUUCUCACCGUUACACUGUGUGUUAGCAACGAGUGUCAAACCUCAAGGGUAACCACAGGUGUCACUGUCGGCACUACAUCGAUUGAUAUCACUUCAUACUUGCCACCUACUACCUCAGGCACAUUAACUAUCCCCACCACGGUGAUUAAGACCAAGACUUGCGACCACUGUGAGGAAACAACCAUUACCACUGGUUACCAAGUCACUCCUUCACAAGUUUCUUUCACCAGUUACAUUCCAAUUCCUCCACCACCAAGUGCUACUACGUUUGUCUCAUCUGUCAGUCUGGCCAAACCAUCUUCAUCAAUUACCAUCUAUGAAGGUGGCGCAUCCUCAUCAUCAACCAUGGUCAAUCUUUUAAGUGCGGUCAUGAGUUUGUGUGCUUUUAUCUUUAUGGUUUAG